GAAGCGCAGUGAUGCUGGGAUGGUCCAUCCGGGUACUUACGCACACGCGUAAUGUGUCACUUCCUAAUUCAAAGUAGCGUUGGACUGUGGACUUUAAGUCAUUCAAGUUAAAACCUGGGCAAAUUUAAACAGUUAUGGCUUCUGACUCCGAGCCAGGCGGCGUUUCGUUGCCUGUAGCUGGGAUAGUAAUAGCAGUAGUGUCGAGUUUCAUCAAUGGGUCUACAUUUGUGCUGCAAAAAAAGGGAAUAUUACGCUCCCGCGACAGAGGAGGCUCGUACCUCACGGAUGUGGUGUGGUGGACCGGCACUUUGUCCAUGGUCGUCGGUCAAGUUGGGAAUUUCCUGGCGUACAAUGUGGCCCCUGCUGUGAUAGUGACACCUCUAGGGGCCCUGGGAGUUUUAUUUGGGGCUGUGCUGGCCUCUUGGAUCUUGAAGGAGCAUUUAAAUAUCCUGGGAAAGCUUGGCUGCAUAUUAUGCUGCUGUGGCUCAGUCGUGCUUAUCAUUCAUGCCCCUAAAGCAGAGGCAGUAACAUCCAGACUGGAGCUCGAGGAGAGGCUAUCGGACCCAGUGUUUGUACUUUACGCCCUCCUGGUGGUCCUGCUGCUGGUCAUACUGAUCGUGUGGAUCGCUCCAGCUCACGGCAAAUCAAACAUCAUGGUGUACGUCGCCAUAUGCUCCCUCUUGGGAAGCUUCACCGUUCCAAGCAGCAAAGGGCUUGGCCUGGUUGCACAAGACGUCUUUGGAGGAGGAGGAGGACCCUCGAGCAGCGGAGCUCUGGCCCUCUUCCUGGGUUUGCUGGGGACGCUCGCCGUCAGCAUCCUGAUACAGUUCUUCUUCAUCAACAAGGCGUUGGAGUGUUUCAGCUCCAACGCGUUUGAAGCCAUAUACUAUGUGACGUUCACGUCCACAGUUAUUCUCGCUUCUGCUCUUCUCUUCAAGGAGUGGACUGCGUUAACUUUAACAGACGGCCUCGCCAUGCUUUGUGGUCUGGCGACAGUGUGCGUCGGGGUCGUUUUACUCCGCAUUUCCCAUGAGGCUUUGAUUACUUGGAAGAAGAAGACUGAUUGAGUUCAUGUGUACAUAACUUUUGUGCCAGUCUAUACUUGAUUUGUCCUGUAUGAAUUACUUUCACUUACUUGAAACAGCUUCUUAUGGAGCAGUUCUUACUUACUGUGUAAUGGUAACCAUUCCUUUUAUAAUACACAAGAAUGCGACUCUGAUCAUCAUGAGAGCAUCUGUCAUGUGCAAACACAGCCUGAGGGACGGAUAAUUUGUCAACAGGUUUUCACUGACAAACAGGCUCACAAAACACUGUUAAUUAGUUAAACAAGUGACGGAAAAUCAUUCUGUUUACUUUCCUGUAUAGUGUUGCCCUCGAGGCUUGAAUAGGCCUCCCCAUGCUCGACUCUAUCAGUGUGGAAUCAUCUACACUUUGACUUAUUCAGUGUGCCUCUCAAUUAUUCAGUGUAAUUUCAGAAGCAGUCUCUUUAGUGCGGGAGUUAUAUAGAAGAUAAGUGUCAACAGUGACUGAAUGUUCGUGUCUAAUGGAGGGAUUCAUAAAGCCGAUAACACCAAAUAUAAACGUUUGUUCUGUUGCCACUUUGUCAUGGCGUGCAGUGGCUAUACAGGUUAUACAUGUGCAAUUUAAAACGUCAUUUUGAUUGAUUAUUUAUUUACAUUCUUAAAAUGUUUACACUAAUACACCUUUUUCACAGCAGCCACGCUGACCUGAAAUAGUUGAGCAAACCAAUGAUACUAAUCAGGUCAAACAGAGUCAGGGUGCUGCUGUGGUGCACGUUGGUUCACUUUCACCUUAAUUAGUAUCAUUGGUAACGACUAUUUCUUGUCAGAACAGCUGCAGUGAAAAAGUUUUGUUUUUAUUACUGUAUGUGUCGCUUUGAGCCGGCUUUGUCAACCACGUGUGGUAUUGAAGGGUCCAUACGAAAUACACUGUGCAAGUCUUUGAUAAUUUGAUUUGGUUGGCUUGUUUUAAAGUGUUAAACUAAAUAAAACUACUUAUAUAUUACAUAAAA